ACCAAAAAUUCCCAAUCUCCGGUGGCUCCUCACCGCCGGCUCUUCCACGGACGAAGCGCUCUCGCCGCUGGGGACCUCCUCCCGCGCGCCGGCAGCGUUGCGGAGAAGCCUCUCCGCCCCCAGCCCACCGCGGUGUCACCCUCAUCGUCUCCCAGGAAGCCCGCCUCGCCGCUGCCGAUGGUCGCCGCGCAGGAGCCGAGGGAGGAGUGCCCGCCGGACCUCAGGAGCGGGCUCUUCAGCGCCGACGACUCCCGCACGUGCAGCCCCAAGCAACUGGACGACGAAGAUAGGCUCAGCGCUCUCACUGAUGAUAUUUUACUGACUAUCUUGGGGAGAGUCAGUUCACUUGUGGCUACAAGGACAAGUGUGCUCUCUACACGGUGGAGGCGUCUGCCUUGGUUGCUGCCUGAACUCAGCAUCGAUGUCCAGGAUUUCCUAUCCGCCCCUUUCGCUGACCUUGUUGAGGCAAAUGAUAUGGAACAAGCCAUGGCGUCUUUGACCAAAGCAACCAGGAGUUUGUUGGAUAAACAACAGAGAGGAUACCCUAUCUCAAGUUUGUGCCUUAACCUCUAUUUGAUCAACACUUUCCUUUGCGAAGUUGGCCCACUGUUAGGUGAUGCAAUCGACAGUGAUUUGUUGAAAGAUUUGGAUCUCGGCAUUCUUGAUGAGACACGGAGUCUCGACCGUAGUGACGAAGAGAUGCAACAGAGAACUCAAGACAUAGAUGAUUUUUUCACUGCCCACCCUAGUGUGCUCCACUGCCUCACAAGGCUCUUUCUAAAAAAUGUAGGCUUUGACAAAUUGGACAUGCACCGUGUCCUGUUUGACUGCUGCAAGCAACUUAAGCAUCUAACCCUUUAUUAUUGUGAUACUGGUUCCUACUCUGUCUUUAAGAUUGAUGCACCAGGCUCAAAACUCUGUGUUCUUGAAAUUGAGAAGUGUCGCUUUCUGAGAAUCGACCUUGUCUGCCUCCCUAAAUUGGAGAAGCUCUUUUGCGAGUCUUGGAUAUCUCGGCCUGCCCCGUUGACCUUUGGUUUUGUCCCAGCACUUGGGCAAUUAAUACUCUCAUGUGGUUCAGUUUGUGAGGAACACAUAUUUAAAUUAAGUGAGCUUCUACAUGGAGUAACAAGCAUACACACUCUCACAUUGGAUUUCCAAGGUGAAACCCUUUGGUUGGAACCUGAAAUGGAGGAACUCCGCACCUCAUUCAGCAAGCUAAGGAAGCUGUACGUACGUGGUAUAUUUGUUGAAUUUGACAUUUCAUGGACAACGGCCUUUCUUGUAGCAGCACCAUCUGUCGAAAUGUUACAUAUUGAGGUAUGGGAGCAUACAUGCGAUGUGGGUGAGGCCAGACCCGCUUCCUACCUUGACAGAAGGAGUCCAAAGUGGGAAAUGCACUUGGAUAGCAGCUCCGAGAACAAGCUUCUGAAAGAGCUAGAAUUCGCUGGAUUUAAAUCGCAAGAACAACAAUUUACAUUUAUAAGGUCCAUGUUGGAGCGAUCUCGCAACUUGCAAAAGAUAGUUCUGAGAGAUGAGGAGCAGUGCGGUGACUGCGACACCCUUGAGGCACCUCGUCCUUCGAGAUUUCCACAUAAGGAGGAGCAAGAAGUGGUCGUUAAGCGGAUUAGAGAUGGCAUGUUCUCGCCGGAGAUAAUUUUUCACAAAUAAGGAGAGAUGACAUAUCUCAGGCCAAAUAGUUUUUGAUACUUCUUAUAAGUUGUAAGAAACAGUUUGUAUGCUCCAUGCCCUGUCACUUAA